UGACUUUUUGCUCUCAGGAAAUGGCACACAACAGUGGAGCAGUGGCGGAUCGUCGACAGCGGCACGAAAGAGAUGACGGCUUGGCUCGACUCGGCCGAGAACAAACUGACGACGGCUCGAAACACUCUCGGCCCAGAGGAGGCGGACCAGAUGUACAAGGAGUUGGAGGUCAGCCUUCGCCAACACCAAGGUCACGUGAAAAAAAUCAACUCGGCCAGUGAGGAGAUUUUGCGGGAGAGCAUAGGUGUUCCCUCCAACCCUCUCUCUGACCGGCUCGAACUGAUCAACCAUCGCUGGGAGGUCCUGUGCUCCGAAGUGUUUGCCAGGCAAAAAAGGUCAAAGGAGAGCAGCGUGGAGCCACAGGACUUCACCAAUGACAUGGACGAACUGUUCUCCUGGAUUGAUGAGACGGAGAACAUGAUUGGAUCGAGCCUCCGGCCGGACGUCCAUUAUCUCGAGGCUUUGCUGGAGAAACUGAAGGACCGUGAGGACGAGGUCGCGACGAGACAGGCCAGUCUGUCGUCCAUCAACACACGCGGGGCCAAGCUCCUCCAGUCUCCGACCCUCACGGAGGAGGACCGGGCCAACGUACGCCGCGACAUGGACAGUCUCAACGAGGGAUGGACAAAGGUGACCUUGACCGUGCCGCAGAAGGUCGUCCAGGUGGAAGAGGAACUGAGGAAAGUGAAGACGCUGAACGAAGGUCUGGACGAUCUGCAGAACUGGGUGGACAGCACCAAGGUCGUUCUUGCCACUCAGGCCUCGCCGGUGAAAUCUUUGACCGAGGUGGACGGCAACGACAGCGUCAUCAUUGACAGACAGGUGAGAAAUGUCAUAGACAGGUGAACAUAUCGUAGACAGACAGGUGAGACAUUUACAGACAGAGCGGUGAGAAUAUCAUAGACAGACAGGUGAGAAUGUCAUAGUCAGGUGAGACAUUCAUAGACAGACAGGUGAGAAUAUCAUAGACAGACAGGUGAGAAUAUCAUAGACAGACAGGUGAGAAUGUUAUAGAGAAUGUCAUAGUCAGGUGAGACAUUCAUAGACAAACAGGUGAGACAGUCAUCGACAGACAGGUGAGAAUGUCAUAGAUAGACAGAUGAAUGGAUAGAUAGACUGUUGGAUAGGUUAAAUAGA